AUGUCAACAAAGAGUCAACAACCAAUCGUUGUGUUGCAGUACGACCAGCUGCCACAGUGCAGAGUUGUAAAUAUAAAGAGUGGACAGUCGGUGCUGAGGGUCGAAGGCGAUACGGACGAAGCAUUCCUCUCGACACGCUCAAUAUCCACCUAUCCGCUGCUGCCCUGCGGCGAGAAGGAUGGCGACCCAAUCGCCGACAAGCUAUAUGUACAGGUGCACAGAAACCGCGCUAUAAUGGCCGUGGCCGACGGCUGCAACUGGGGCCGCCGUCCGGUGAUGGCUGCCUGCGACGCAAUCGCCGCCUUUGCCCAAUACUUUGACCAGCGACAAUCAGAGAUACAGACACUACACGACGCAGGCCACUACCUGCUGCGCGCCUUUUGUGAGGCGCACAACAAGAUCAUCCAGGGCAAAUCAGACAUAUGGGAGGCCGGCACGACGACGCUGCUAGGCGGCCUGGUCAUGGAGCUGGAGGACGACAGUGGCGCUCCGCCCCGCUGGGGCUUCCUGUGCGCCAGCGUUGGCGACUGCAAGGCAUUCCUGCUAUCGAUGAAGAGGCGCGAGGCCACCGACGUCACCAGCGGCAACAGAUUCAACAUUACCGACACGCGCGACCCAGGCGGCCGUCUCGGUCCAUACAUCGGCCAGGGCUGGCCCGACCUGCGCAACCUAAAGCUGUACUUCACGUUCUGCGAGGAGAACGACAUUGCCGUCAUCGUGUCGGACGGCGUGCACGACAACCUCGACCCGGUGAUGCUGGGCAAGCUGCCGGCCGAGCUAAACAUCAACGCACACGGCUGGGAGGAGUUGAGCCACGAGGAGCUCCUCAAGACCAAGUCAAUGUACAUGAAGAAGCUACUCGAGGAGAUUGUGUUUGGAAGCGGCCGCGUGGCCCCGUCCGAGAUCACCAAGAAGCUGAUAGACCAUUGCGCAAAAGUGACGCACAGGUCGCGCGACUACAUGGAGAAGUUCCCCAACAAGAAGCAACCCGUCGACUACAGAGAGUAUCCUGGCAAGAUGGAUCACACCACCUGCGUCUCCUUCCAGAUCGGUCGUUCAAAGUAA